AUGACAAACUUAUAUGAGUAUAAGCAUCCUAUAAUCAACACUGAGCUUGCUUCCUCAAGUGUGGAUACGGAACCGCGUAAGUUUGAUACUUUACAGACAUGGGAAGAUGUAAUUAAUGAUUAUGAAUUUCAAGCACGUUGCCCUAUUAUUUUAAAGAAUUCUCAUAGAAAUAAACAUUUCACUUAUGCUUGUCAUUUGAAAGGUUGUCCCUUCAAGAUUUUGUUGAGUUAUUCUAAUGGUGAUAAUUUUUAUGAUAAUCAUAGCCAUGACCAUAAUCAUUCUCAACAAAGAAAUGAUCAAACCGCCACUUCUACUAAUGCUGCAGCUGCAGCUGCCGCCGCCGCUGCUGCAUCUGUCACUGAAUUACAAACAAAUGAGAACCAAAACAAUUCCAAUCAAGAUGAUGAAACUGAUACUUUGAUCGAUGUUAAAGCUGGUGAGGAUAAUAAUAAUAAUACAUCUACUAUCGUAAAACAGGAUAGAGAUAACGAUGUUAAAAAAGAAAGCGAUCAUGAAAAUGUUGACAGCAAUGAAAGAAAAUAUAAUGAAUCAGAUGCGACAGAUCAAAAUGUCUCUGAUGCAAUUGCAGCUGCAGUUGCCGCUGUUCAACAUCCUAAUGAGAACUCUACUAAAGAAAAAGAUAAUCAAAAUGAUAUUGACCUUGGAGUUAAAGUGGAUGCACCAUCAAAAGAAAUUUCUAAGAAGGAUAAUUUGAACAAAACAGACGACUCCUUUAAUGUUGAUGAAAUUAUUUUAGCUUCUCAUGGUUCAAAUGCUCAUUAUAAUUCUACCAUUCAAGGACCAUUCAUUGUGACAAAGAUUGAACCAUAUCAUAACCAUUCACUUGAACAAAAUUUAACAUUAGAUAAAUUUGUCCUUACAAAGAUUCCAAGAAUACUUCAAUAUGAUUUGAAUUUCGAUGAUACUUUGGAAGAUAUAUAUCAAAAGAGUAAUCAUUCAUUAUCAAAAUUUAAAGUAUCUCAAUUUGUUGAUGAUUCUGGUUUGUUAGAUAUCAUUAAGCAUAGAUACCAUUUAAUAAAUGAAGAUAUUACAAAAAAAUUUACUUCUUUAAUUUCAAGACGUGUUACCACUUAUAAGGCAAGGUUCGUAUUGAAGAAAAAGAAACUAGGUGAAUAUAGAGAUGUCAAUCCUGAUUCUUAUAUAGGUCAAUCUGGACGUGUUGUUCAUACAAUUGUGGAAGCAGGUAACGCUUCUAUUGAAACUCAGCCUUCUACUACUCCUUCACUUGAAGAAGCCAAAGUUGAAACACAUAAUGGUUCCUUGGAGGAAGGAACAGAUAAAGCUGAGCCAACUGAAAUGGAAGAAUCCAAGGAAAAGACUGAUAAUGAAAUAUUGAUGUCUUCGAACUUAGAUCAAGCUAUCUCGCAAGCCGCAACCUCAAACGGGGAACAUGCUGCUCUCUCGGAUGAAAAGGAUACAGAGGCCAAUAGUCUUCAUAAUAACGAUAACGAGGAAGAUAUGGAAUCUCAUAAUGACCUCGCUGAUGAAAAAACUGUUAGAGCUGCUGCUCAAGCUGCUAUUUCUGGAGAAUCCAUUAAUAAUUUGAAACGUACGUUCGAUUCUGUAAUUGGUAACGACGAAGAUAUGGAACAAGAAGAACUUGAUGAGGAUGAUCUUGAGAGAUAUACUUCUUCAAAACGUAAUAAGAUGGAUCAAGCCAUGAAGGUGUCAGGGAUUGACGAUAAUCCAUUGGCUGGUUUGGACGAUAUGCAUGACGAUAAAUUGCCCCAUGAUGUUGCAGAACAAUUGAGAUUAUUGUCAUCUCAUUUCAAAGAUGUAGAAGCUGUCUCCCUACAGAAUGCGUCUGUUGAUAACGAAAACGACCCUGAUCAAGAAGAUGACGGGAAUAAUGAAGAAGAUAUGAACGGUGAAGAUGAAGAUAAGUCAAAAAAUGAAGACAUCUCAGAUGAAAAUAUUCAACCAGAACUAAGGGGUCAAUGA